CUUGCGCCGUUCUACCGCUUACAGAAACAAGAAGGUCGCACGUAUCAGCGUUGUACUGAGGCAGAGAAGAAACCAGACAGAAAUCAUGCUGGGACAAGCUGUAAGGCGAUUCACAACGUCUGCUGUUCGUUCUUCACACUAUUCUGAAGGACCAGGGAAGAACCUGCCAUUUUCCGUGGACAACAAGUGGCGUCUUCUCGGCAUGAUGGUGGUGUUCUUUGGCAGUGGCUUUGCAUUCCCCUUCAUCGUCGUCAGACAUCAGAUUCUGAAGAAGUAAAAUGGCCCAGUGCUAUUAUUCAGCCUUCAAGGUCGUCAGUUGGAACAUAUUUAUCCAUCAGAGUUCUAUCUGUGGAGAAGAAUGGGAAUCUCUUAAUUUUCUUUGUAAAUAAAGUUUCCUCAAAUAUGAA